UAAACACUUGUUCCUCAGCUUUUGUGAAAAUUUAUUUACAUUUUUGAAAGGGCACAGCUAUAUUGUAGUACUUUGUAUCCUGUCCUCAAAAUGCUAAGUCUGAUGCUUGCUGCUUUUCAACUUCUUCUUCUGCCAGGUUUUCUAAAAGCUUCUGAGAACAGUGCUGGGGUAUACGUCUAUCAAUGGAAAGCUGAAUGCUGGUACUCAAGUGAAUGGCAGGACCCAGUGGGAGUAGAUAAGAUUUAUUACAAUAAUGAGGAGGUUGUAGAGUAUGACAGCCGGGUGGGUAAAUUCUACGCAAAGAGUGAUUUAGGUAAACCAACAGUGGAGUACUGGAACAAUGACACAGAGCUUUUGGAAAGAAGGAAGGCAGAAGUCGCUACUGUCUGCAAACACAACUAUGACAUCAGCAAACAGGCAAUAGUGGAUCGAAAUGUUGUUCCCAAAGUAAAAAUAUCUCCCACUGGAAAUUCAGGGAGCAUACACUCCAAUAUGCUUGUCUGCUUUGUUAGUGGGUUUUAUCCCCCAUCAAUGAACAUAUCCUGGCUAAAGAAUGGAGAAGAGGUCACUCAUGAUAUUUCUUCAACUGGAAUUAUACAGAAUGGGGACUGGACCUAUCAGAUUCACUUAACAUUAGAAUUAACACCAAAAGCAGGAGAAAAGUACGGCUGCAAAGUAGUACACAGCAGUCUACGUGAGCCACUGAUUGUGGAUUGGGUCCCUGAAGAGACUCUAUCUGGAAAGAACAAGCUCAUCACUGGAAUUGGAGGAUUUGUCCUUGGUACAAUCUUCAUCAUAGUCGGGCUGGUUGUAUACCUGAGAAACAAAAAAGGUCAAACUCGUAUCCCAGUGCCUCAGUCUGAAGGUUUGAUGAGCUAAUCUGAGAGCCAUGAUGCAAGACAGGAAUGAAACAAAAGACUUAUUUCACUAACCAGAUAUUACUGCAUAUUGCCUCUUGUAAUCAAACAGAUGUGCAACACAUUUGCAUCUGUUGUUAUCCUUUCAUCUGAUCGAUUAUUACUUUGAUUUUUAUAUUCUUUAAUCUUCAGUGGAUAUUCUGUUAUUGUUAAUAUUUUUACUUUAGACAUUGCUUUCUUACUUUUCUUUUAUUACAGUAUAAAUGCGGUUGAUUCACAUAUCUGUGCUUCAUAUCAGAUAAAUGGGUUUGUAUAUUUUAAUUUUUUAUGUCUGGACUUUAAGACCAUAACAUUCAGAAUAGAUGACAUAGAAGCCAAAGUCUGGAAUUCUAACACUGGAAAUACAAGUCACAAAUUAUUAGUGAAGGACGACAGACAGUGUAUUUUAUAAUGUGAGAUAUACUAUAAAAACAGAAAAAGUAAAAAGUUAAAAAAAGUAAAAUAUUUUUGAUUAAUGCUGUCUGAUUAAUGAAUGUUAAAUAAAUGCUAGAUAAAUAAAAUAAAUAAAUGAAUGCGAAUAUCUUUUCUAAAUACAGUUGAACUAAUUUAAUAAGGAAAACAGUGGGCUUGAGCCAAGUGUAAACACACUGAAUUCAUAUCUGUAUGUUAUGAAAGCAUUACAUUUGUGAUAGUAGAAUGAAUAUUCCUAUUGCAUCUUAUCUGAAUAAACAAGUAAAUAAAUGAACAUCCACAAGUCAGUUAAAAAGCAAGACUGGCAACAUUGUUUUCAUAUCCUUUUUCAUAUCUGUUAUUCUGCUGACUGUUGAUUCUGUUGGAAUGAGGGGUUGAGUUUAUCAAGGCAUUAAUAGUACAUUGAUUUAAGUGAUGAAAUACAUAGGUUUGCUUUUAACAGUGUACAGAAGAAUCUAUGUUUACUGUACAUCUACAGUACAUAAUAAUUCUACAGCCUCAAGUCCUCAGAUUGCUUAUCAUUUUUAAAAAUUCCUCGCUGAGUCGCUACUGCCUCCAAUUCAGAUAUAGUCAAGCAUCAGGCCAAUAACAUCAUCUACAAACUGUUCUGGACAGUGGUACUAAUACAUUCUGUAGGAGAGGCCAAGACUGUACCAGUCCAAAAGCUGAUGAGAUACUUGUCUUCUGAACAAAACCUUGUCUUCAUACUGCACCAUAUCUGAAGCGUUUGACCAGAGCACUCACAAUUAUUCAGUGUUUCUCUUCUUGUAGCUUAGGGUACUUUCUAAGACAAAUAAGUAAUAAUUGCUAGAGUACAGGUAAUCUUGGUGAUGCCAAAUUGUCCAUAGGUAGGAAGAUGUGUGUGUGUGUGUGUGUGUGUGUGUGUGUGUGUGUGUGUGUGUGUGUGUGUGUGUGUGUGUGUGUGUGUGUGUGUGUGUUGUUGCAGAGUGUGUUUCCUGAAGGUUAGGGCAUAUGAUACAUUAUGCUGUCUUCAAUUGUAAGACUGAGACCUACAGAAGGAUUAGCUGCAUUUGACAACUGUAAUGUAUACUUCUGUGUGUGUGUGUGUGUGUGUGUGUGUGUGUGUGUGUGUGUGUGUGUGUGUGUGUGUGUGUGUGUGUGUGUGUGAUAUGCAAGAAAGGCCAGAUAAUCUACUUCUUUUCUCUACUUGCCUACUAAGUUUAGUGGAUGGUGACAGCUAUUCACAUGGUCACUAUAGUCAUCUGUGACUUGUAUGCAUGAAUGAAUGAAUGGGUGCAGUCUGGGUAAUACAAUGCAAAUAAUUAGAAAUCUGGGUUAUAGCCAACUGAAAUUCAACUUUUUUGAUAUUGUUUGCACCUGACUUUAUUAUAUUCUGCUUGCAACAUUAUAACCUUCAUUUUAAAUAAUUGUGAUAUUGGAGCAUUAAUACAUGGGUAUCAGAAAAUCAGCUAGAAUACAUACACCUAAAUGAAGCCUUGCAUGGUUUAUUGAAGUAGCACAUACCUAUAUUAGGAUAAUUACUGUGAUGGGAGAAGUGUAAACCUUGCCUAACAUUCCUACAGUUUUGUACGAUAAAUUUGUCCUCUGUUUAGUGCUAAAUCAUAAUGAAAAUCAGAUUUAUUUGUAUUUGAAUUUUUGUUACAUUUUUUUCCUUUUAAAUAUAUAUGUACACGGGAUCAUGCUUUUUUUGCUUGUGAAAUAAACUACAUUUUAUUAGAAUUAAA